ACUCAGAAAAUAUUCAAAGUUCCAGCUAAAGUUACUAAACCCAUGUUCUCCAGGUUCUUUCAACCUGUGUUUUUUACUUCUCCAAUCUUCCUCCGUUGCUUUUGUCUUCGCCAUCUUCAGGAUGUGGAUGUCCUUCAACAGCAUUUUCAAAUGGAGGAUUGGCUUGAGUUGUAAGAAACCCCUCUGUUUCACAAGCCGCCCUGAAAACAGAAGCUGUUGACUGUUCUGCACCAUUUGCAGGCACCGUGUCGUGGAGGUGACGGCUUCUAGUUUUUUGAAUGAGCAAAACGAGAGAAGGGGAGGGUCAUGAUCGAUCACCGUCGCUGCCAAAACAUGAUUUUCUUGUAUACCUGUCGGAAACAAAGAGGAGAAUUCACCGUUUGUGGUAUUCGUGAUAGAUUUCCCUUUUCCAUCUUCUAAUCCAAAAGUUAGAGAGUUUUUCUGCCUUCUGUGACCUGCUGUCACCAUUUUCGUCAAGACUCUGUUUUCCUCUAUUUCUUGUUAAAAAAGUGGCAUCUCUGAGAUGAAAAAACCGGAUAAAGGAAUACCCACCAUUUGAGUAUUUGUGGUAAGUUUUUUCUGCUAUUUUUAAAGUAGUUGAUAUUUAUUAUAGUGAAAUCCUCACUUCAUUCUUCUUUUCACAUGUUUUUAUAGCUUAUUUCCUUGUAAGAUAAUCAAGGUAGGAAAUGGAGUGCCAAAAAUCCGUGUCCUUAAAGCCGAGGCCCUUGUUUGUUCUGUCACUCAUCAUGUCGUCCUCUCUCCUCUUGUGCUUGUUCUUCUGGUUCUACAUUGACCUCCCAUUUCUAGCACCCCAGGCACAUAUUUCUUUCAACCAGCCAUCAUUGACUCUUGAUUUGACGGCCCCCCAAGUUCAGAAUCUUACAGCUUCUGUGGAGAACAUCAGAGUUACUGACGCCAACUUCACUACCGGCGUUCGCUCAGAUGUAGGGAUUGGAGUAGUUGGUAGUCCUUCAAAUAAGAGGUUGAGUUCUGUUCAAGCCAACUUGAGCGACAACCUUCACUCAGAUGUGGAGUUUGACAUUCUUGGUGGUUCUUCAAUUAAGAGCGUGGAUUCUAUAGAAGCCAACUUGAGCAGAAACCUUCAUUCAGACGUGGGGAUUCAAACAGUCGAUAGUUUAUCAAACAAGAGUUUGGAGUUGGCAGGUGGUGAGGACAUGAGCGAGAAGGGGGAUAACAUCAUUGAAGAAAAGAGCCUGGAUACUGGAAAACUUGACAGUAUAUCAAACAAGAGUUUGGAGUUGGCAGCUGGUGUGGACAUGAGCGGAAAAGGGGAGAACAUCAUUGAAGGAAGGACCCAGGCAAUGCAGAAUCCCGACUGUGAUAUUUACAGUGGAAAAUGGGUUCUUGAUGAGGAGUAUCCUCUCUAUUCUAAUGAAUCAUGCCCAUUUAUAGAUGAAGGCUUUAACUGUGGCGGGAAUGGGAGGAGGGAUAAAGGCUAUAUGAAGUGGAGAUGGAGGCCGAACGACUGUGAAAUCCCAAGAUUUAGUGGUGCCAAUAUGCUGGAACUGAUAAGAGGAAAAAGACUAGUUUUUGUUGGGGACUCCAUUAAUAGGAAUCAGUGGGAAUCUAUGCUGUGUUUGCUGUUAGGAGCUGUGAAGGACCGAAGCAAGGUUUUUGAGGCACGAGGCCACAGAAUUACAAAAGGGAAAGGGAAAUACAAAUUCAUAUUAUUGGAUUACCAGUGCAGUGUUGAGUACUAUCUUAGCCAUUUCUUGGUCCAUGAAGGCAAAGCUAGACUAGGACAGAAGCGACUUCAGACGCUGAGGAUUGACACGAUUGCUAAGAGUUCAUCCAAAUGGAAAGGUGCUGAUAUAUUGGUCUUUAAUAGCGCACAUUGGUGGUCGCAUUCAAAAACAAAAUCUGGCAAGAAUUACUACCAAGAAGGUGAUCAAAUCCAUCGUCAUCUCGAUGUUAUGACUGCUUUUAGGCGUGCACUGAUGACAUGGGGGUCCUGGGUUGAUCAGCAUGCCAUCCCAGGAAAAACACAAGUUUUCUUUAGGAGCUCGGCACCAUCACAUUUCAGGGGAGGCCAGUGGAAUACAGGAGGAAGGUGUGAUCUAGAGAAAGAGCCCAUUCAAGACAUCACCUCAAUUACAGACAACAUAGAUGAGAGCAGACUGGCAAUUGCAGAAGACGUGAUUAAGCAAAUGAAAACACCUGUAACCUUGUUAAACAUAACAAGUUUGUCAAAGCACCGGAUAGAUGGACAUCCAUCCAUAUAUGGCCGCAAACCUCGGCAAGGUUCCCCUGCCAGUGGUCGUCAAGACUGCAGCCACUGGUGCCUUCCUGGUGUACCAGACACUUGGAAUGAAUUGCUGUACAGUAUCUUAUCUAAACAGAAAACAGUUUCUGCAGUGUAAUAGUUGAUGGUUUGUAUAUGGUAUAAUCUCUUCCAUUUUUCUAUAAUAUUUCUUGAAUUUCAAAAUUGCUAUUAUCUUCCAUGUAAAGCAGUAAGUAGUUACCAUUGGCAGGAAAUUGCUUUCUGCCUGUUUAGGGGUUUAGACUUGAGAUAUGUUUGAAUUUGAAAUAUAUCUUUUACCUGCCUA